CGUGCGUUUGCAUCGAGCCGAAACAACCAUGGCCUUCACUAUGCGCGCCCCUGCCCCAAGGGCUACGGCUCAGAGCCGCGUGACCGCCAGCCGGGCGAGCCGCCGCGUCCUGGUGGUCAAGGCCCAGAAGGACAAGACCGUGGUGAUUGGCCUGGCUGCGGACUCCGGCUGCGGCAAGUCGACCUUCAUGCGUCGCAUGACCAGCAUUUUUGGUGGUGUGCCGAAGCCCCCGGCUGGCGGCAACCCCGACUCGAACACGCUGAUCAGCGACAUGACCACUGUCAUUUGCCUGGACGACUACCACUGCCUGGAUCGCAAUGGCCGCAAGGUCAAGGGCGUCACCGCCCUGGCUCCUGAGGCCCAGAACUUCGACCUGAUGUACAACCAGGUCAAGGCCCUGAAGGAGGGCAAGGCGGUUGACAAGCCUAUCUACAACCACGUGACUGGUCUAAUCGACGCUCCGGAGAAGAUCGACUCUCCCAACAUUCUGGUCAUUGAGGGUCUGCACCCCUUCUUCGACAAGCGGGUUGCCGACCUCCUUGACUUCAAGAUCUAUUUGGACAUCAGCGACGACAUUAAGUUCGCCUGGAAAAUCCAGCGCGACAUGGCGGAGCGUGGCCACAGCCUGCAGGCCAUCAAGUCCUCUAUUGAGGCCCGUAAGCCGGACUUCGAUGCUUACAUUGACCCCCAGAAGAAGGACGCCGACAUGAUCAUCCAGGUCCUGCCGACCCAGCUGGUGCCAGAUGAUAAGGGCCAGUACCUGCGUGUGCGCCUCAUCCAGAAGGAGGGCAGCAAGAUGUUCGACCCCGUGUACCUGUUCGACGAGGGCUCGACCAUUAGCUGGAUUCCUUGCGGCCGCAAGCUGACGUGCUCGUUCCCAGGCAUCAAGAUGUUCUACGGCCCAGACACCUGGUACGGCCAGGAGGUCUCCGUUUUGGAGAUGGACGGCCAGUUCGACAAGCUGGAGGAGCUCAUCUACGUCGAGAGCCACCUGUCGAACACGAGCGCGAAGUUCUACGGUGAGAUCACCCAGCAGAUGCUGAAGAACAGCGGUUUCCCGGGCUCGAACAACGGCACUGGCCUCUUCCAGACCAUUGUCGGCCUGAAGGUUCGCGAGGUGUACGAGCGCAUCGUGAAGAAGGACGUCGUCCCGGCCUAAAUGCCAGAGCUGCUUUCGAGGUGCCUCCCCAUGGAGGGUGAAAGCGGGCGCAUGACUGGCCUGUGAUUGGCAAGCAUACGCGAGGGUUGCGUUGUGUCGAUGUUCUGGAAGAGCUGCAAUAAGGAGGUUUAUAAUAAGACGUCCUGUUGCUGGGGCUCUGUCCCGCGUGCGAUUUUGAUGCAUGCCUGCCGCGGCGACGGUGAUGGUGGUUGUUCGGUCGUGAGGUUGACAUGCCAGCUGCGUUGGCAGCUAUUGUAACAUCGUGUUCGUGAAA